AGUGAUUAUGAGAGAUUCUGCAUGACGCUAAGCAUCUCUUUAUCACUGAAAAUUUCGUCGUUGUGAGAGUUGUUGAACCCGGGUAAACGUCCGUUGUGCGCGGCGGCAGCGAGCAGUGAUCUAGUGAAAAGCGUAUUGUGAUAAUCAAAUUUCUUUUCAACGUACAGCAUGUCAGGCCGAGACGGAGGCAAGAAGAAGCCCCUGAAGGCCCCAAAGAAGGGGGAUAAGGACCUGGACGAGGAUGACCUGGCCCAUAAGGCCAAGCUCAAGGAGCAGCAGAAAGCGUUGCAGGACGCCAAGGCCAAGGCUGCCCAGAAAGGACCUCUCGUCAGCGGAGGAAUCAAGAAAUCCGGCAAGAAGUGAUAUUUCUUUCAAGGCUCACUUUUUUUAUAUUCUAAAGACUUCCAAUGCCAGCAUCAUACCUCAAUACCUCUGGUUGUCAUCUUCGGAAUUAUUUGACAGCCCACAAUGACUCUUCCUAUUCUCAUGCACGUCUUGUUUCACCUUUUCCAUGAAGUGUUGUAUCAUAAGAUUGUGAAAACGAAAGACAUGAGUGCUGACUAUUUUUGAAUUUUUAAGCAAAGUUGUUGUGAACCCUGUUGCUGGUGAAAACUCCAGUAUCUCAUCAUGUGCUCUUAAUGUAAUAAAGUAUUUUUUAUGACA